UGUUGCUCUGGUUGUUAGAAGGGGCAUCAUAAUUUUUCCUUCAACUCCUAGGGCGGGGUUUAAACGGUUUGAAUUAUUUUCUCUGGUCAGUGUUUCUUUAGCGAGUUAGUUUUCCUACGGGAUGGGGGUGAUAACCUCAUGCCCGAUCCUCUUCCUUUAUCCGGGCUUGGGCACGGCAUUGACUCUAGGAGAGCUACAGACGGAGUUAUUAGAAAGAUACAAGUAUAAAAACGAAAUAUUAUAAAGUGGACAUAGUAAAUCUAUUGAAUAUUCAAGUGGUAAUUUCAUUCGUUAUUUAACCUAAUAUAAUCAAUCUUUCAGGUACAAUUGAUCAUUGAUUAGCAUUGAAUUUAUUUACCAUAUAAGUUAUCAAACUUCUCUUUGUAUAUGCAUCUGUAUGCAUUUGUACAAUUAUAAAUAAAUGAUAGUAAUUUAUUGAUGUGUUAAACAAGUACCUUAUAUGAAAUUAAUCAUUUUAAGACAACCUAGAAACUAGUUGGUUAACUAAAUCAAGAACCUGAAAAUCGAUCAUUGACGAGUUUUAUACACAUUCCAUGUCAUCAAGUAGUGUUGCGUUUGGUUACCAAUGAUAAAUCACUGCUGUCUUUCAUUUAAAAUAUACACAACGCUAACUAAAAUCUUUUAAUGAAACAUGGAAUUGAAGUCUCAUCGUAGUUUGAAGCGAAUAUACACAGAUUUUCUCAAAACAACUGAAUUUAUCUUAUGAAGCAUAUGAAACUACGAAGAUUUGGAUUAUUGUUUCAUUCCCUAUCAAUCUCUUUUCUUCAUCACAACUUGGACAAAGUCAGAACCAAUAAGUAGGAAUUCAGUGCUCUAUAGUAUCAGUGUAUACCAGUUUGUGAUGUAGAAAUAUCUCCACCGACUUUCAAUGACUUUCAUUCUAGAAAUGUUUGUUAUUCAAACAUUUCCGUUGAAAACUUGGUUGAAGUUCAAUCUGACUUAUUUUCCACAGCUCAAGAAGAAGAUUUCAACAGAAAAUUGUCAACAAAGCAACGAAUAUCCGUAUGGCAGUUUGUGGAGAUUGUAUUAUUUUCCCAGUCGAAUUCACAAGUCGAUCUAAGGUAGAGGUUAGGCGUUCGUUUACGAGAUCGAAGGUUUGGGGUUCCAGUUUCAUGUGUGAUCGUAGAUGCGUACUGGUGAGGAAUCCCAUACUGGCACGAAAUGGUCGUCCAAUGCAUCCAGGUUUGCUAUGUUGAUCUACAUUAAAUCGACUUACGAAUUCAACUGCGAAAAUCAAUAAUUGACCUAACUAAUCGUUGCUAAUUCCUUUAUAUCUUUUACUUAAAUAAAUCAUAAAAGCUUUUUCUGACAUUAUUCAACUACUAGAAAUGAUAUCACAACUGGUCAUAGUGAAAGUUGCUGUGGUUCUCUUAUGGACAUUUAAUAUAAUGAAGGUAGAAGCAUACACAUAUUUAGCACCAAUAAAAUUUGAUGAUUCCGGAGAAAUGUACAUUGAUUUGGGCAAUUUGAAUGUUUCGUUGAGCUCAGAUUUUCAAUUAACAAUAAGCGAUGGAGACUGUACAAAAACGCUAUCUUUGAAACCACCAACCGACGAAGAGAAACUUUCUAAACAUGGAUAUCGUCCAGGAUCUUCGUAAGUUUAAAACAUGAUAUGAAUUGAGUGGAUAAUGCAGUUGCUCCUUAAUCACGACAUCACCAUUGCCUUGAUCGGUAGAUAAAAUGACCAUAAGGUCAGUCGUUUGAUUUUUGAUUUCAUAGAACAUCAUUGUAUACCAUCCGUAUUUUAUUGAGAACAUACGCAGGCAAAUCACUGUCUGAUAUUAUGGUGUAUGCUACUGAUAUAUAUAUGUCAUAUAUGUCCUCUUCUCGCAGCUUUUCGCACCAUCAUUGCUAGGUUAUCCACAUGUUUCUGCUUCUCAGUUCUAAUGCUCCUCUUCACCUGUUCGUUUGCUUCUGUGUAUCCAUCUUGUUCCUUAACUUCCUUCGUUCUUUUUCGGCUGUUGUUAAUUGCUGUCCUCCUCUUCUUCGUUUCUUGAAUCCUGCUCAGGGUUUGCAUAGAGUGCCAUUCCUUAUGAUGAUGCUUCUUGAGGCCCAGCUACUCCUGACACGUUGAAGUUGUGCUUGUUUGAUCCCUUUCCAAUUGUCGCCAUAGUAGUUUCAUCUUCUUUGAGUAGAUCUUGUGUGGCUUCAAACUUGUCGCUGAGACUAAUCUUGGAUUUGUCAGUACGUUGAAGGAAGUCUACCUAUUUAAUGCUGUUUCCUCAAUUUCCCAAUGUCGUUCUAACUUCAGUUUCCCUUGUUAACCACCAGUUGGUGAUGAUCUGAAGUUAUCUCAGCUCCUCUCCUGAUUCUCACGUCUUCCGCUGACCUUGUGAAUUUCUUACUAAUGGGAAUAUUAUUAGUCUGGUUCUCUGCAAAGUGAUCCAAUGGGGCCCAUGUAGCUUUGUGUACGCGUUUGGGAAAGUAUAUAAUCAUUCUGUUGAGGGCACAAAAAUGUGCAAGUAUCUCACCAUUGUCAUUUCUCUCUCCCAGUCAGAACAUAUCGUCACAAGUUGUAUCUCCUCAUUUCCGUAGCUAUUUGAUUGGGAUAACCUGUCUGUCACAUUAUCACAUUUAUCUAGAAUAAUUGUUGGUCUGGUUGUUGGAAGGGGUAUCGACCUUGUGACCUCCGACAAAUCUGGUUUUUCAUCAUGAAGAGUCAUAAUUUCCCUGAAUGAGUAAUUAUUAGUAUGAAUACUGUCACAUUUUGAAUGAAAUCAGUAGCCCAUUUACAUAACAUAUCCAUCUUGCAAGUGUUCAUUGUCAGCUAAACCUGAGUUACUACAAAUGUUUCCAGUGUUAAGAAGAGAUGAAGUGCAUUUCGGAACAAGUAAGAUUCAACUUCAAAAUUAUAAGCCUGUCUAAAAUUUAACAAGUCACUGUUGUGGCGUGUAGUGUCUUAAAUCUGAUACUGUUACACAACAUGCUACAUACUAACCCCCACCCACCCACCUCCAAAAGUGUAUUUGACUACCGAAUAAAAUGCACAAUCACUCAUUCAUAUACAUACCACUGUAAUCCUUAGGGAAGUUGAUCCAUUUCUUAGCCUGUGAAAUGCACUUGUCACUCAGGUCACUUUUGACUACCAUUCGGCUACUUCUGAUUAGCUCUGCAUAUCACCAUUCCCUCCUGAAUAGUAAGUCUUGCUCCUUAGAUGUGACUGAUGGUGUUCAGAGAAAUGUCGUCUUCUUGAUACUUUCUUGGGAUCUGGCCAUCACUUCUUCCACACUGAUCCUGAUGCUCUAAACUGACCGUAUCAAUGAAAUUAUCUAGGUUCAAGUUCGAGCUAGGAGGUUCUCUAUCUCAAUUUAAUCGUCUAUUACUAAUGAGGCAUACAUAUCGCACGUUACCAAACUGUAGUUUAAUUCUCCUCGCCUUCGGUUCAUAAUCUCACCCUCUUCUCUGUGAAUGUAUGCUAUCAAAUGAAAUCCCAAUCUUCCUUCCGAAAAUUGUCUUAGCAGUAGAGACAACCUUAGGUGAGUUUGGAUUCAGGUUUAUUGUUGGUGAUUUUCUCGAUCGUGCACUUCCCUGCUGAUAAGUUUGAAAAUCAUUAGAAAAUUUCUGUCGCUAUUUGUGCAUCAUAUGAAUGAGGAUAGGGAAAUACUUGGUUGCAAAUAAGAUUGGAUGACUGAUCGAGCACUUCUGAAUCUGGAUUCCAUAUAAGAUUAAAUGGAUAAUCAGAAGUUUUUUUCAUUAUGUGAUUCAGUUAAGAGCCAAUAGGUUGAAGGAUUCACCAGUAACACAGCAUUUGGAUUUGGUUAUUAGGUCAUAGGAUUUGAUUGUACGUUUAAUAAUUCCAGAAAUUUUGAUUGGGAUACCCAGUGCAUUCCUUUUGCAAUCGUUGGUAGGAUGAAUGCUUGGCCGACCACGUUAAGUGCCAAGUUUUGUGAGAAUUCAAAGUCACAUCAGAUACAGUGUCCAUUUGUUAAGUGAUAAUACGGUCAUUAACAUCAAUGUACAAAUACUUGUGUUAUCAUUGGGAGUUAGAUUUUGACAAUACAUUAAUACAAUUAAUCCAUUUUGUCACUCGAUGAUAGGAUGAUGGCUUGCUGUGUUUUCACAAUCUCUCCAUAUGACCCAUUACUCAAAAUUUUGAGCAUUUGUCUUCAUCGAAUGAGCAGAUACGGCAGAUAUGCCAUGCAACACAGUUCCAACUAAUAGUAGAAGGCCUUGUAGAGCAACUUGAAUCAAAGUCAUGGACACUAUGCAUUCGACUCGGGCGAGGAAAGUUUUGCGAAUCGCGAUUUGCAACAUUUAUCCUGAGAUCUGAAUGAAAAAAUUUCAUCUAAUCAAAUAAAUUUAAAUUUGGACGUUCGAUCAUUUUAGUAUUAUUUCUAAGAUUUUAACGUGACAGCAUUCAUUUGUGAUAUCAUUCGAAGUAAUAUUGGGGUCCGACUCGACUCUGUUUACAAUUCUAGUACGAAUACUUUAGUCCAACGAUGAUUCCAACCCACAUACAAAGAUAAGACAUUUAAAUUGUUUGUCAGAAAGUGGAAACAACUUAAAACUCUCUCAUUGUUUAUUAACAAAUGCUGCAUAUGAAACAAAGUCAUCUUUAGGUCUUUUAACAGUUCUGAUUGACAUCGAUUAACCUUCUGCUACUUCUCAUUAGCUCUCCAUAUCAGUCACAACGAUUGUUCAACAUAUUUUAUUAUUUCCGCACACUAUUCUUCUGUUUUCCUCAGUGAAUUAUGCCUUGAACAAAAUGAAUACUUUGAUUACUUACUCUGUCAAAAUGUAUAGGCAUUAGAUAUCAUAAUCUGUAUCAUUUUAAUAAUACGAGUGAGUAUCUACAAAUUGAUUUGUAACACAUUACGCCCUACAGUAAAUAACGGAUCAUUUGUCAAAUGUCGAAGGAUACUUGAGUGAAACAUUUCAUUAUAUAGUCAGUCACAACGUGUAAGCUAUACAUAUGUGCACCCCAUUUUUACAAAGAGAUUAAAUUAUCAGGUCAAAUCCCAGAAUAGUAGAGUAAGUUACAGUAUCAGUGGUAAUAAGAAAGAUAAGGCACUGAAGAUACGACUGAAAACGAAAAUAAAAACUAAUGAAAUAAAAGCACGAAAAACAAGUUUUGAGAAAUUUAGAGUCCAAGGAUUUGGGGAGACACUAUGAGUGGAUCCACAUGUGCCAUAGCAAACGAUGUUCAGCCACGUCAUUCAAAAUCUUCAACCAUUGGUUGCGAUAAUCACGUGGAGCCCAACCAGUUAGUCUUUACCUAUUAACAUGACUAAGUUCAAGUUCCAGUGGCAUCAUGGAUCGAUGUCAUGUCUUGGUUUGACCGACCCUAGAUUUCUUUUAGCAUACUCUUGCACUAUAAAACAUGCCUCAUCGAGGUAGGUGGUGGUCGGACAUACAUAACACGUGUCCUAACCACCUCAGCUAAUGAAGAUUUACUGCCUCACCAAUCAAUUUUCUAUAUUUACCUAGUGCUCCAUUCCUAACCCAGAACUUACCUAUUCUAUGGGCCAAAAAUAUACAGGUAAUGCUUCAUCGGGAGCCAGGACCGGAUACCAGUAACCUACGAGUAUCUCAUACUCUGAAUAGCCACAAUUAAUCAUAUAAUUAUCCGGUGAAUAAACAAAUAUUUUCUACUCCACAUUCUUAAUGAAAAUAUCCAAUGCUUUGAUAUAGAAAACUCAGACCACUACAGCAAAUAUCACUCCGAACUUUUAUUUUCUCAUAUUAUUUUAGCUUAUGCCAAAGCUGGUUCCUUCGGGGACGACGUCACAUGAAGAAAAGAACUCAGAGCUUGUGGCCUGAUUUACUCUUUUAAUUACAACUUCUAUAAUAAACACUUUGG